GAUGUUCCCUGCCCAGGAGGAAGCCGAGCGGACGGUGUUUGUGGGCAAUUUGGAAGCCCGCGUCCGGGAGGAGAUUCUUUAUGAACUGUUCCUUCAGGCUGGGCCAUUAACCAAAGUGACGAUAUGCAAAGACAGAGAAGGAAAACCAAAGUCUUUCGGAUUUGUCUGCUUUAAACACCCAGAAUCAGUGUCUUAUGCCAUAGCUUUGCUGAAUGGAAUUCGUUUAUAUGGAAGACCAAUUAAUGUGCAGUAUCGAUUUGGAAGUUCUCGCUCUUCUGAACCAGCUAACCAAAGUUUUGAAAGCUGUGUUAGGAUAAAUUCAUACAGUUACAGAACUGAAGACGCUGUGGGCAGAUCUUCCUUUCCCCUGCAGUUCUUUCCAAUUAAUAAUUCACCUUUACCACAGGAAUGUUUUUCCUUUCCGAGGAUGCAAUGGCAAACAUAUAACACAUUGCAGCAGCUUCCCUACUAUGAGAUGACCACACCACUUCCUAACAGUCCAUCCAUGUCUUCCUCACUAAAUCCUGCUUCGGAUCUAGAAGCUGGCCCAAGCUCCUGUGAAUGGACGGCUCAGCAGUCAAGUCACCCUGACUUUCAUCAGCCGAAUAAACGAAAGAGACAAAAACAAACGAGUGACAGUGAUAGUAGCACAGAAAACAAAAGAGGAAAUGAGUAUAGUCAGAAGUUCCGAAAGUAUAAGAAGAAGAAAAGACAUUAAUGGCACAACGAGU